AUGAAGUUCGAUAGUGAUGAUAGUGCUUAUGAAUUUUAUAAAGCAUAUGCCCAUAGUAUUGGUUUCAGUGUAAGGAAGGACUAUAUAAAGCGAAAUCAAGUCGGGCAAGUGAAGAGAAGAAUAUUUUGCUGUUCUAAAGAAGGUGAAAAAGGGUUUGAUAAAAGGCGUGAGUAUGUGGCUUUUGAGCGACCAAUUUCAAGAAUUGGAUGUUUGGCACAUAUGACAUGCCAACUAAAAAAUGAUGGCUUGCUAGAGGUUGUUUCUUUUGAAGGAGAUCAUAACCAUGAACUUGCUCCCACUCCCAUGAAGCACAUGUUGAGAUCCAACAGGAAGAUAAGUUAUGCUCAGAAGGCUAUUGCAGAUGAUGCUGAGAGAGCUGGGUUACCAAUCAAAGCAACUAUUGAUUUACUAGCAAUUCAGAAUGGAGGUCGUGAAAACAACGGGUUUCUAGAUUCAGACUAUAGAAACUAUAUUGCUACCCAAAGAAAGGCUACAAUGAUAAAGGGAGAUGGUCCGGCAAUUAUGGAUUAUUUUAGUAAAGCACAAUCAGCCGAUCCAUCAUUUUUUUAUUCGGUGCAACUUGAUGAUGAUGAUUUUAUCAUGAAUAUGUUCUGGGUUGAUGGUAGGUCAAUCAUUGACUACAAGUACUUUGGAGAUGUUCUAUGCUUUGAUACCACUUAUAGAACUAAUGAAUAUGGUCGACCAUUUGCUCCAUUUGUUGGAGUCAAUCAUCUGAAGCAAACAGUAAUUUUUGGGGCAGCAUUACUCUAUGAUGAAACAAUCACUUCCUUCAAGUGGUUGUUUGAAGCAUUUUUGGGUGCAAUGGAUGGAAAGCAACCUAAGACCAUUUUGACAGAUCAAUCAGCUGCAAUGGCCAAAGCAAUCGAAGAGGUAUUUACUGAAACUCAUCAUCGUUUAUGUGUUUGGCAUAUUUAUCAAAAUGCUGCUAAGCACUUGAGCCAUGUGUUUCACGGAUCCGACCAAUUCUCUAGUGAUUUUAGUUCAUGUAUAUAUGAUGGUGAAGAUGAAGAUGAAUGGCUUAAAGGUUGGGAUGAUAUGCUUAACAAGUAUGGUCUGCUGAACAAUGAAUGGUUGCAAGGUAUAUUUUCAAUAAAAGAAAAGUGGGCUAUGGUUUAUGGACGUCAUAUGUUUACUGCUGAUAUGAAAAGUACACAGCGUAGUGAAUCAAUUAACAGUGUGCUAAAAAAGUAUCUGAAGCCGAAGCACAAUAUGGUUACUUUUUUUUACCAUUAUAACAAGUUGGUAGAAGAUAGAAGGUACCAAGAGUUGCUUGCAGAGUUCAAAAUGAGGGACACCCGCCCUGUGUUAAAAACUGACGUUGAGAUGUUGAGGCAUGCAUCAGAAGUGUACACUCCUAAAUUCUUUAAGUUGUUCGAAGAAGAAUAUAUGAAAGUUUGGGAUUGUACGAUUGAUAAGAUCAGCAAAACUGAAGGUCGGGUGGAAUAUAAAGUGAAAUAUGAUGGUAGAGGUGCAGGGCAUCGUGUAUGGUUUGAGUCUUCAUCACAAGCAGUUGAAUGUAGUUGCAUGAAGUUUGAGUUUGUGGGGAUUUUAUGUGCUCAUGCUUUGAAAGUUAUUGACAAGAAAAAUAUAAAGCACAUCCCACAGCAAUAUAUAUCAAAGAGAUGGACAAAGGAUGCAAAAGAUGGGGAUUUGAGAAGUUCAGUUCGAGUGGAGGGAAGUUCUGAGAAACUCACAGGGAAGCGUUACUUCAAUAUGCAUUAUAAUUUUCGAGAGAUAUCUGCACUGGCAGCUGAGAGCGACAGAAUGUAUGAGCAUGCAAGUGAAGUUUUUUCAAAUUUGCUGAAGGAUUUGCAGGAAAUGAAGAAGUGCUCAAAUGGUGGAACUUCUAAUGAGAUAUUAUGUUCUAAUAAUGAAGAAGAGUAUCCAAGUGUAGCCGGAGUUAAAUCAAAAGCUACUAUUGGACGACCAAAAGGAAGAAUUAGAGGUGCAUUAGAGCGACAAAAAAGUCACAAAGUUCAAUCAAAAUCAAAGGGUAAGAAGGUGAAAGCUAGUUCUUCUCGACAAGUAGAAAGCAGUAUUGAAGUGCAAAUACAGAAUAAUCAGGUGAUGAACAAUGAUCAAUUUCAAAGAUCAAUUAUUAGUUCAGCUGGAGAAAACUUGGAAUCUACACCUUGUGUAAGCAAUAUAUCAUUCAAACAAUUGUUACAGGACAUAUCAAAUCCACACAUAUACGAUCCUGAACACUGA